AUGAUCCCAAAGAUGAUCAUUUCCCAAUGGUUGAUGUGGUUCAGUAUGCUAGGAGUUAUGAAAGUCUUAGCUACUACCGCUUGUUUACCUCAGAACCAAGCUCAAAAUGGUUUCAAGGCUAAUUUCUAUCAAUAUGACUUUGGAGAUGAAGUAACUUAUGCUGAUCCAGCUUACAUGGCUGGAGAGUACAGUCAAAGGCAACUUUUAGGUACACAAACCAACGUCGACAACAUUCUCAUUGCCUAUGGUAUGAAAUGUAGGUUAUGGGAUGGUAGAGUCGUCGUACCAACAGAACCAUGGAACUUCGACUACUCCAAAUGUACUAACAACGAUUACAUCUAUAAUCAACAACCAGGCAGCGUAUACGGAUUUGAUCUUUAUGCAACAGACUUCACUGUUGAACUCACUGGUUAUUUCCUUGCUCCCCAAGAUGGUACAUAUACUUUUGCCUUCAAACAUAUUGACGAUUCCGCUAUUCUCAAUUUCGGUGAAGGUAUCGCUUUCGACUGUUGCGAUCAAGGUAACGCAGCUAACGGCAAUACAAAUUUCUCCAUUAAUGCCAUCAAACCAAAUAAUGGACCAACAGGACACACAACCAUCGAGGUAGACCUUGCUGCAAAUUAUUAUUACCCGAUUAAAAUUGUUUUCACCAACACCGAGCAAAUUGCAAUGCUUUAUACUACCGUAACUUUACCGGAUGGAACACUUGUCGCUAAUGAUUUCAGCGGCUAUGUGUUUUCCUUCGAUAGUGACCCACAACAACCAAGUUGUACAGUGUCGAAUCCUUUACCAUUUGUUACUAGCACAAGUACAACUUCUUGGACCGGAUCGUUCACUUCCACAUACACUACUAAAACGGAUAUUAUCACUGACACUAACGGAAACGGCGAAGGCCAGGUAGUAAUCGGGGUCGAAACCCCUACCACCGCAGCAGUCUUGAGUACGGCUUUCACACCAUAUUCCGGGAGUACAACAUCAACGUUUUCUACUGAGAGUACAUGGAUUACUGGUACCGACGGUAAGACCACUCCAGAAAGUAUCUACUAUGUCGAGACACCUACAACCCCAGCAGUGUUGACAACCGAAUACACACCAUACUCUGGUAGCGUUAGCUCUACGUUCUCCACUGAAAGCACCUGGAUCACUGGUAACGAUGGUAAGAUCACUCCAGAAAGUGUCUACCAUGUCGAAACCCCAACUAUUCCACCAGUGCUAUCAACAAGUUACACCAGUUACGACGGCAAUACCACUUCAACAUAUUCCACGGAAAGUACUUGGAUCAGUGGUAACGACGGUAAGACCACUCCGGAGACUAUCUACUAUGUCGAGACACCUACAACUCCAGCAGUGUUGACAACCGAAUACACACCAUACUCUGGUAGCGUUAGCUCUACGUUCUCCACUGAAAGUACCUGGAUCACUGGUAACGAUGGUAAGAUCACUCCAGAAAGUGUCUACCAUGUGGAAACCCCAACUAUUGCUCCAAUCUUGAGUACCGACUACACUGGUUACAGCGGAAAUGCUACUUCCACGUUCUCCACCGAAAGUACUUGGAUCACUGGUACCGACGGUAAGACUACUCCGGAGACAAUUUACCACGUCGAGACUCCAACUAUUGCACCAGUAUUAUCAACAAGCUACACUGGCUACGAUGGUAAUACUACAUCCACUUUCUCUACUGAGAGUACCUGGAUCACUGGUACCGACGGUAAGACCACUCCAGAAAGUAUCUACCAUGUGGAAACCCCAACUGUUGCACCAAUCUUGAGUACCGAUUACACUAGCUACCCAGGUAAUGCCACAUCCACUUUCUCCACUGAAAGCACUUGGGUUACUGGUACCGAUGGCAAAACUACUCCAGAAAGUAUCUACCACGUCCAGACUCCAACUGUUGCACCAAUCUUGAGUACCGAUUACACUGGCUACCCAGGUAAUGCUACUUCCACUUUCUCUACUGAAAGUACCUGGAUCACUGGUACCGAUGGCAAAACUACUCCAGAAAGUAUCUACCAUGUGGAAACCCCAACUGUUGCACCAAUCUUGAGUACCGAUUACACUGGCUACCCAGGUAAUGCUACUUCCACUUUCUCUACUGAAAGCACUUGGGUUACUGGUACCGAUGGCAAAACUACUCCAGAAAGUAUCUACCACGUCCAGACUCCAACUGUUGCACCAAUCUUGAGUACCGAUUACACAGGCUACCCAGGUAAUGCUACUUCCACUUUCUCUACUGAAAGUACCUGGAUCACUGGUACCGACGGUAAGACCACUCCAGAAAGUAUCUACCAUGUGGAAACCCCAACUGUUGCACCAAUCUUGAGUACCGAUUACACAGGCUACCCAGGUAAUGCCACAUCCACUUUCUCUACUGAAAGUACCUGGAUCACUGGUACCGACGGUAAGACCACUCCAGAAAGUAUCUACCAUGUGGAAACCCCAACUGUUGCACCAAUCUUGAGUACCGAUUACACUGGAUACCCAGGUAAUGCCACAUCCACUUUCUCCACUGAAAGUACCUGGAUCACUGGUACCGAUGGCAAAACUACUCCAGAAAGUAUUUACCACGUCCAGACUCCAACUGUUGCACCAAUCUUGAGUACCAAUUACACUGGCUACCCAGGUAAUGCUACUUCCACUUUCUCCACCGAAAGUACCUGGGUUACUGGUACCGACGGUAAGACUACUCCAGAAAGUAUUUACCACGUCCAGACUCCAACUGUUGGUCCUAUUUUGUCAACGGUCUACACUGGCUACCCAGGUAAUGCUACUUCCACUUUCUCUACUGAAAGUACCUGGAUCACUGGUACCGACGGUAAGACCACUCCGGAAAGUAUCUACCAUGUGGAAACCCCAACUGUUGCACCAAUCUUGAGUACCGAUUACACUGGCUACCCAGGUAAUGCUACUUCCACUUUCUCCACUGAAAGUACCUGGAUCACUGGUACCGACGGUAAGACCACUCCAGAAAGUAUUUACCACGUCCAGACUCCAACUGUUGGUCCUAUUUUGUCAACAGUCUACAAUGGCUACCCAGGUAAUGCUACUUCCACUUUCUCUACUGAAAGUACCUGGAUCACUGGUACCGACGGUAAGACCACUCCAGAAAGUAUCUACCAUGUGGAAACCCCAACUGUUGCACCAAUCUUGAGUACCGAUUACACUGGAUACCCAGGUAAUGCCACAUCCACUUUCUCCACUGAAAGUACCUGGAUCACUGGUACCGAUGGCAAAACUACUCCAGAAAGUAUCUACCACGUCCAGACUCCAACUGUUGCACCAAUCUUGAGUACCAAUUACACUGGCUACCCAGGUAAUGCUACUUCCACUUUCUCCACCGAAAGUACCUGGGUUACUGGUACCGACGGUAAGACUACUCCAGAAAGUAUUUACCACGUCCAGACUCCAACUGUUGGUCCUAUUUUGUCAACAGUCUACAAUGGCUACCCAGGUAAUGCUACUUCCACUUUCUCCACUGAAAGUACCUGGAUCACUGGUACCGACGGUAAGACCACUCCAGAAAGUAUCUACCACGUCCAGACUCCAACUGUUGCACCAAUCUUGAGUACCGAUUACACAGGCUACCCAGGUAAUGCUACUUCCACUUUCUCUACUGAAAGCACUUGGGUUACUGGUACCGAUGGCAAAACUACUCCAGAAAGUAUCUACCACGUCCAGACUCCAACUGUUGCACCAAUCUUGAGUACCAAUUACACUGGCUACCCAGGUAAUGCUACUUCCACUUUCUCCACCGAAAGUACCUGGGUUACUGGUACCGACGGUAAGACUACUCCAGAAAGUAUUUACCACGUCCAGACUCCAACUGUUGGUCCUAUUUUGUCAACGGUCUACACUGGCUACCCAGGUAAUGCUACUUCCACUUUCUCUACUGAAAGCACUUGGGUUACUGGUACCGAUGGCAAAACUACUCCAGAAAGUAUCUACCACGUCCAGACUCCAACUGUUGCACCAAUCUUGAGUACCGAUUACACAGGCUACCCAGGUAAUGCUACUUCCACUUUCUCCACUGAAAGUACCUGGAUCACUGGUACCGAUGGCAAAACUACUCCAGAAAGUAUCUACCACGUCCAGACUCCAACUGUUGCACCAAUCUUGAGUACCGAUUACACAGGCUACCCAGGUAAUGCCACAUCCACUUUCUCUACUGAUAGCACUUGGGUUACUGGUACCGAUGGCAAAACUACUCCAGAAAGUAUCUACCACGUCCAGACUCCAACUGUUGGUCCUAUUCUGUCAACAGUCUACACUGGCUACCCAGGUAAUGCUACUUCCACUUUCUCCACUGAGAGUACUUGGAUCACUGGUACCGACGGUAAGACCACUCCAGAAAGUAUCUACCAUGUGGAAACCCCAACUGUUGCACCAAUCUUGAGUACCGAUUACACAGGCUACCCAGGUAAUGCCACAUCCACUUUCUCUACUGAAAGUACCUGGAUCACUGGUACCGAUGGUAAGACUACUCCGGAGACAAUUUACCACGUCGAAACUCCAACUUCAACUGGCGCUUCGUCAACAGCAGCUGGUGCUUUUUCGAUUUCAACUAAUGGUUCGUCCAUCCCAAGCGGUAUUUUGAGUACUGAAUAUUCCCCCUACCCCGGUAGUGCUUCUUCAACCUUCUCUACCGAAACCACCUGGUUCACUGGUACCGACGGUAAGACCACUCCAGAGACUAUCUACCAUGUCGAGACUCCAACUGUUGCUCCAAUCUUGAGUACAGUCUACACCGGCUACCCAGGUAAUGCCACAUCCACUUUCACUACUGAAAGCACUUGGAUUACUGGUACUGACGGUAACACUACUCCAGAAACGAUCUACCACGUCGAAACUCCAACUUCAACUGGCGCUUCGUCAACCCCAAGUGGUGUUUUGAGUACUGAAUAUUCUCCUUACCCUGGUAGUGCUUCCUCGACCUUCUCUACCGAAACCACCUGGUUCACUGGUACCGACGGUAAGACCACUCCAGAGACUAUCUACCAUGUCGAGACUCCAACUGUUGCUCCAAUCUUGAGUACAGUCUACACCGGCUACCCAGGUAAUGCCACAUCCACUUUCACUACUGAAAGCACUUGGAUUACUGGUACUGACGGUAACACUACUCCAGAAACGAUCUACCACGUCGAAACUCCAACUUCAACUGGCGCUUCGUCAACCCCAAGUGGUGUUUUGAGUACUGAAUAUUCUCCUUACCCUGGUAGUGCUUCCUCGACCUUCUCUACCGAAACCACCUGGUUCACUGGUACCGACGGUAAGACCACUCCAGAAACGAUCUACCAUGUUGAAACACCAACCUCUAUCCCGGUCAAAAAUACUCCACACAGUUGGUCAGGCGGCAAUAGGACUUCUAUUACCGAUGACAAGACCUACUACACGACAAACACUGAUGUCAUAACGAGCGCCACGACUUACUGCCCAUACCCAACGACUUUGAUAACGCAGAGUCAAACAUUCACAGUGACGCAACCAUCAACCUUAACAAUAACCUAUACCAAUUCAGGAGCAACAGCAAUUUUGCCAGUUACUCAGACAACAUCUUCAAAUGAGCAAAAUACCGUGAGCCCACAGGCAACUACUACCAAUGAAGCAUCUCAACAGGGAGCAAAUACCCAACAGAAUAACGGUGGUUCUCCAGCAACUUUUACCUCUCUAGCAACUUCCACCACCAAUGAAGCAUCCCAACAGGGAGCAGAUACCCAACAAAGUAACGGUGGUUCUCCAGCAACAGUUACAUCUCUAGCAACUUCCACUGAAAUUGUUACAGAGUUGACCACCUACUGUCCAAGUCCAACGGUGUUAACAACUAAUGGUGCCACAUAUACAAUCACAGAGGCCACAACGUUAACCAUAACUGAUUGCCCAUGUACCUUGACACAUACCAACACCAUUAUGAAAACCGCUGAUUCCAACGCACCUGUUGUCACAGCUUUCACUGACGGUAGCUCCAGCAGUGGCAACAACAACGGUGGCUCGCCAGAAACAUUCGCAUCUUUGGCAACUUCCACCAACGAUGAGGCAUCCCAACAGGGAGCAAAUACCCAACAAAAUAAAGGUGAUUCACCAGAAACGGUUACAUCUCUAGCAACUUCCACUGAAAUUGUUACAGAGUUGACCACAUACUGUCCAAGUCCAACGGUGUUAACAACUAAUGGUGCCACAUAUACAAUCACAGAGGCUACAACGUUAACCAUAACUGAUUGCCCAUGUACCUUGACACAUACCAACACCAUUAUGAAAACCGCUGAUUCAAACACACCUGCUGCCACAGCUUUCACUACUGGUGGUAGCUCCAAUAGUGGCAACAAUAACAGUGGACAAAAUAGUGCACAAGCAAAUGUUGCAGUCGUCACUACCACAGAAGUCGUGGAAACUUUAACCACUUAUUGUUCCGAUUACACUAUUUUAAGUACUAAUGGUGCCGCUUACACCGUUACAGCACCAACUACAUUAACCAUUACCGACUGUCCCUGCACUGUGACUCGUACCAACACUGUUAGCGACACACAACCUACAGAGGGACCAACGGUAGCUGGUUUCAAUACCACUACCCCAGCUUUCGGUGCGGCCGGAUUUGGCUAUACCAACAAAACACAGGCUCUUGCUGGACCAAUCUUUAAUAAUGGAAGUAACUAUGUGACAACCAUAUAUGGAGGUAACAGUUCAGCAAUAACCACAACAGCUUCUCCAUUGUCAUUGUCUUCCUCUUCUCCUUACACGAAGCAAAGCGUUUCAUCUAAGGGUGGAGAUAAUGUCAUGACUCAAUACAAUACCGUGACUGCUACUGCCGAUGAAUCUCCAAGGACUGAGCCUACAGAAGUUUCAACAACCACCCUUGUUGCUUCUAAUAUUACUGUAACUGAAGGUACUACAGCAUUUACCACAAUAACUCCAUCUCAAAGUGCUCUCCCCAAGAGGGAUUAUAACAGGAAUAGUAAAUUGUCUGUUACCAUUAGCUCAAAUGCAGCUAACAGUUUAACAUCAAGUUCGUUGAUCGCCAUUCUAGGCUUCCUCUUCAUGCUUUUUAAUUGA